CAGUUCAGAGUCAACGAUGAAAAUGAAAUCCGACUGCAAUGCGAUAUUUGGAGCUGGUUGGCGCCUUCGGUGACUUUUUAGUCGGCUCCUGCAUGAAAUACGCCGUCUGUUGGAUUGUGCUGGUGGUGGCCAUUGUGGGUGUCACCUUGGGCCUGGUGUUCGGAUUGCGCGGACGCACCGAGGAGCCGCGACGCAUGGGCGCUGUCGCCUCGAACGGCGUGGGCUGUGCCGAAGUGGGCGGCAACAUACUGGACAUUGGAGGGUCGGCGGCGGACGCGGCCAUUGCCACGAUGCUGUGCGAGGGCGUGAUGCUGCCCCACAGCCUGGGCGUGGGCGGUGGCUUUGUGGCGACCAUCUACUCCAAGGAGACGGGCUUCAUUGAGACGCUGGUUGCGCGCGAGACAGCGCCAGCGGCGGCCACACAGGACAUGUUCGUGGACAAGGAGAUCACCGGCGCACUCUCCUGCGCCGUGCCCAGCGAGAUUUAUGGCUACUGGAAGCUGCACGACAAGUACGGCAAGCUGCCGUGGAACAAGCUCUUCCAGCCCACCAUCGACAUCUGCCGCAGCGGCAUCAAGGUGUCGCGCUACCUCGCCGGCGUGCUGGAGCGCGAGGAGGAGCGCAUACGCAGCGAGCCCUCCAUGGCGGAGAUCUUCAUCAACCCGAAGACGGACACCGUCUACAAGCAGGGCGAGGUCAUGUACCGCCACAUGCUGGCCGAAUCGCUGGAAAUCAUUGCCCACGAGGGUCCCGGCGUCAUCUAUCGCGGUGGCCGCGUCGGCGCCAAGCUGGUCCAGGACAUUCAGUCAAUGGGCGGCAUUGUCACGGAGCAGGAUCUGCAGAAUUACGAGGUACGCUGGGAAAUGCCGCUGCAUGCCCGCUUCACGGGUGGCUACGAGCUGUACACCUCACCGCUGCCAACCAGCGGGGCCGUGCUCACGUUCAUCCUCAACGUAAUGGAGCCACUGUACACGAGCAACACGGAGAAGUACUGGCAGCGGCUGGUGGAGACCUUCAAGCAUGCGUACGGACAUCGCACCAAUCUCGGGGACAUUCACUUUGAGCCGGAGGUGCAGGAGGUCUACGAGAACCUCAUCGAUCCCUCCUUCGCAGCGCAGAUACGCGAACUGAUCCUCGAUGAUCGCACCUUCACGAACAUGUCCUACUACGGAGCGAACUUCACCAAUGUGCCGGAUCAUGGCACGGCGCACAUUUCGGUGCUGGCCCCCAACGGGGAUGCCAUCUCCGUGACGAGCACAAUCAACAGCCAUUUGGGGGCCAAGGUGCGCUCCCGCCAGACGGGCUUCAUUCUCAACGAUCAGAUGGAUGACUUCUCGACACCCGGACGCAUCAAUAUCUAUGGGAUACCCGCCAGUCCGGCCAACUACAUAAAGCCCGGCAAGCGGCCCAUUUCCUCCACCUGUCCCAGCAUUGUGCUCGACUCGCAGGGCAAUGUGAAGCUGCUGGUGGGCGGCGCCGGUGGCUCCAAGAUCACCACCUCCGUGGCCCAGACCAUUCUCCGCUACUUUGUCCUCCACGAGCCCAUUGAGCGGGCCGUCAACGCCGGCCGCCUGCACCACCAGCUGGAUCCCAUGUACAUUGAGGUGGAGCCGGAUGUGCCCCGGCACACGGUCGCCUAUCUGCGUCGCAUCGGGCACGAGGUCAGGUAUUUGGAGGGGGACAAGGCCUACUCCGCACAGACGGCCAUUGGCCUCAUGGACUCUGAGCCGCAUCCCGUCUGUGAUCGCCGUCGCGUGGGCAGCGCCGUUGUUGUGGAGCCAUCGGAACCCUAAGCCGCAACAUCCAUCAAUCUAUUAAAAUCU